GUCUAUCAAUCUGCCCGAAACCCGACGACUUAUCUGAUAUGCAGGUGAUAGGUGUUUUUGUCUCGUUUCAUUUACACCUUAUACAUUAAUUAGAUAACACACCAAAAUCCAAUUUCGACUCCCCAUUCAUUAAUGAUGAUCCAUGCCGAACCGAGAAGCGUCACGGACGUGUUUCCCUAGCGACGAGGUCAGAGGUCGCCAUAGGACUGUAAACAAAUCACAUCCCACAACCGCUCUGUAAACCGGAAAGAGGUCUCAACGAAAAGACAGAAUGUAAAAUGCGUUUGCAUAUCGGUGUUUUUUCUGUGACAAAUACUGGAAAAGUAAGAUGACAACUGCUACUAUGUCAACGCAGUCUGUUGAAACGAAGAAUUUAGAACAGGCUAAACAUUUCAAUUUCUACAGAAAUGGUGACAGGUAUUUUCCCGGACGCCGUUACACGUGGAAUAGGCGAGCCGUGCGAACUUUUGAAGCGUUUCUCGGAGAAGUCACACACUGUGUCAAGCUUCAAACUGGAGCUGUGCGGAAAUUAUACACACCCAAUGGAGGCCACAGGGUUAAAGAUUUGUCCAGCAUGCAAGAUGGAGGGUCGUAUGUGGCAGCAGGUCAAGAUUCGUUUAAACCCCUCGAAUACACAUCUAUAGACCCAAGACCCCGAAAUAGAAAGCCUAUUAAUUACAACGAUGUGCCACCAGUGUAUCACUGCAAGCGGCAAGUAUCCGGCAGAAUCAAGCGAGCUCAGACACAGUCCAUCAUAAUCAAAUGCUGGUCGAACGGGGAAGACAUAAAUGAGCCUCAUCGGAUUCUGCUGACGCCAUGGAUGCAGCGAGACUGGAACCACGUGCUCAACGCGUGCACCGAAUGUCUCGGCAGCGAGUUGAACGCAGCAGUACACAAACUGUACACGCGCGACGGCUACCCCGUCGAGAAGCUGGAGGAACUGGAACACGGCGGCCGCUACGUCUGCGUCCCCACCUUCAGGGGAUUCAAGCGUGUCGACUACAAGGACACUGGCAUGAAGAACCUUCUGACGUCACCACGACUUGAUGGAAGAUUCAGGUCUUUACCUCCGUUGAGUCGGGACUCGAAAACUAGCACUAACCAAUCUUCACCCGUCCACUCGCAGCCUGCCUCGGAAAAUGGCUACCCGUACACUAAAAGAUACCGUCGCAACCAUCAUCAUCAGCCUAAGAGAGAAGAAGACAGCGUUUUCCCCGCCAAGCCGAUCGCUCACAAACGCAGCUCGGAACGAAACAAACGCACGCAGGAGGUCAACUACGAUAAAGAUGAAGGCGGUGUUUUCAAGUCGAAAAGCCGAAAUAAUGAAACGAAGGGAGCGGAGGAAGUGAAGGAAUCGCGCGACACUAAAGUUGACCUCCCAAUAGACCAGGUGACUGCCGAAGAGGUUAAGGACGAAGACGACUACUCUAGCUUGCACGAUGAGAGCGGAAUUGAGUCGGCUAACCCCCCGACGGAGGAGUAUUACGAGGAGGAAAAUAUUCAUGACAACAAAGUAAAUGGCAACAACGGCCGGCCCGACCAGGCGCGAAACACUCGAAACGGCGCGGCAAACAACACUGCACCACAGCGUAACACUGUCGCUAAGACAAACAGCAAGAGGAACGUCCAGCCAGCACCCAAACAGCAGGCCAAGGAUGAAGAUCGUAACGACAGAACUCAAAACCGUAACAAACCUGACAAGACGCAGGAUCGUACUCAGCCCGACAGAACUCAAAACAAUAGCAAACCUGACAGGACUCAAGAUCGUGCUCAGCCCGACAAAACUCAAGACCGUAACGAAGACAGUCGGCCUGAGAAAAAGGACAGCGGCAAAGCGAAUCAGGCGCGUAAGGAAGAAGACCGCAAACAGGCAAACGCAAAGCGCAAAGAAGAAGAACAGAAGUCAAAAGAUGCGAAAGGGAAACCACAGACUAAAAAGAACGGGAAGCCUGCCACAAAAUCAGCGAAGGACAAAGAGCCAGAAGUAGACAAGAACCAGGAUGAGGCUGCCCUUACGAUCCAACGUCACUACCGCGGAUACCGCUCAAGACAAGAGACAAAACAUCAACGUGAGACGACGAGACGAACUGAGAGAGAAGACGAAGCUCAACGUGAGGAGCGCGAUCUCUCCCCCCCGCGUUGGGAGGACCGGGACUCUGUACAACAGAGAGUCAAGGAGGAGGAGGCGGCCAUCAGAAUACAGGCAGGCGUCCGCGGCUACCAGACACGCAGACGCCUCAGGAACGAGCGGGAACAGGAGCAGAGCAUCCCACCACCAAGGGAGGCAACUCCACCCAGCCAAAGGGAGACGACUCCGCCGUCGCCGGUGAAGGACUCUCAGAGCCGGGAGGACGAAGCGGCGGCGAAAAUUCAGGCUGGUUACCGUGGUUACCGCACGCGGAAGGAGCUGAGGGGGGCCGGUCGCAAGGAAGAGGAGGGGGGUCGUAGGUCAAGCACGCCGCUAGAAAACAACAAUGUUUCCAAGACUUACGAUCGCGAAGACCUAGAGAACCAGGCGGCCGCCAAGAUUCAGGCCGGUUACCGUGGUUACAGAGUGCGAAAAGGAAUGAAAGCUUAGACGAACUAGACAAGACUGCGAUAGGAAAUGCUACAGAAGACGUUUAUUGCCAGCAACAAGUGGAACAUAGAUUUUUGAUAAAACUAUGAUUUGUGUAUAUACAUAUAUAUAUAUAUAUAUAUAUAUAUGGUCAUCUCUCUUGCACAUACAUUACCUCGCUGAAAUACAAAUUAUUUUCAUAGACUUUCGAAGCAGAUUUUCCGUCUCUAGAAAAAUGUGCUAUACUUGUACAUUGUAUGUAACCAGAAACCAUGUAGUUGCAACUUUUCUUUUUAUUAUUAUUUUUUUUUUUAUUAAAAGUUUGUCUAAUGUAUGCACCUCUGUGAAUUAGGUUUGCAUUAAAUAUGAGAAAAUUGCAGUUUGAUAAAUUUACUCGUCAUCACCAUCAUCUUUGUGUAUGAAUGUUAAAAAAAUGAGGGUUUUUUUUAAUGGAUUUCAGUCCUGAACAUUAAUUGAUAUGUAUACACGUUUUAAAGCAUUAUAAACCAGAGGAGUCCUGAUUUUCUUUUUAAAUUGACAAUCACAAAAUAUUUUAAAGCUAUUAUUCAAUAGUAGUAUGUCUAAUUUAAAAAAAAAGUUAAUAUAAUUUUACAAAAUGCCAGAUUUUUGUAUAUAUGUAUAUUUAUUCAUUUGCAAAUGUAAUUAAGAAAAUACAUACAAAAUUAAUUAAGUGGUUUAAAAGUUCUUAGUAUUAAAUUGGAAAAGCACUGGAAGAGAUACUGGUAGUUAUCUCCCAUGUACAGUUUUAUUUAGAAUUGCCUCCCUUUCUGUCUUAUUUAAACACCAUGUUACAGAAAGUAACAGGUUUAUAACUAUCACAGAAAGGGAGGGAAGGUUGUUUAACUUCUUACGUCCAAAAAUAAGAAAAGACUAAGUUUGUAAAUGAAUUAAAAGAAAAAAACAAGUUACAUUUUAACAGAUUCAACAUUUCAUAUCUAUCCAAUAAGUUUGAUUCAUAACAUUUAUUCUUUUGUCCUACUGUAUUCAGAUGUAUUAUUUUUCACUAUUGUGAAAUUUUCGCCAGAAAUAUGGCAACGAAUUUUACAUUUCAUCUUCCUUAACGAAAGCAUAUCAUUUGUUGAAGCCAUUAUAUUAAUUUACAUACCUAUAUUUAUCUGCAUUUUAAUAAUAUCGUGGUAAAUAUAUUUUCCAUUUUUGUUUGUGUGAUAACUAUAUAGAAUAUGCAUAUUUAGUAUUAUUUUGUGUUUUUCUAUAUUGCAUAGAUACCACACAGUAUGAACAAUGUGUUUAUUAUAAUCUAUACUUCGUAUAUAACCACCAACCAUUUUGUUAUCACUAAAGAUUACUUGGUGUAAUUUAAUUAUUUUAGUUGUGCGAAAUGUUAAGCUGUGAUAAAAAUGUUACAUGUUUACAAUGAACUAACAGUGUAUGACAUAAUAUUGAUAUGAAAAUCGAUUAAUCUAUUAAUAUUAUUUUAAUCUUCUUUUUUUUAAAUGGUCUGGGCUGAUGGGGUAGUGAUAAUUUCAAACCCUGCAACAUUAACACAUUAUUACAUAUUCAUUUAAUAAAUUGUAAAACCUUAAGAUUUGUCCUGCUAAAAUACUGGCAUCUUCAAAGAAAGAAACCAGACUAAAUUGCAGAUACUAUGCAAGGUAGAUACAUAUUUUGAAAGACUUAUAUUUCCGUCCAAUUUUCCCAACAGUAUUUUUAUUUAUAUUAUGAUUUAUUCCGUCCAAAAUAGUUUGUUAUUAUCAGAUUAUUGAACUAUGAAUUUUAAAGUUUCAGAAAAAUAUAUUCCAAAAAUAACACUUCUCACAUAAAAAACAAACAAAUUAUUAUGUGUAUGAAAUCUGCAUUGUGCCUAUGUACUUUUGUUUCGUUCAUCUGUAGUAUACAUGUACAUGUAUAUAGAUUUUUUUUUUUUUCAAUAUUUGUAAUUUUCACCAUUUGUAUAGAACACUGUCUGAUCUGUAAAUAUUGAUAAAUUCAAGAUUGGAAGUUUUGUAAAGGGAGAUAAUCGAUGUUGUCUUCUGUGAAAAUAUUUUCUGUCAUGUAGUUGAAGACAUCCCAAAUCCAAAUUUGCUUUGUUAAAAUUUUAUUAUUAUUAUAAUUAUUAUUAUUAUAUGAAAAUUGGAAACCAAAUUUUCAGCUAAUUCUUCAAAACAUUCCAAUUAAAGGCGCGGACCCUAGUUUCAGCCUGUGCAAAUGAACACGAAGUUUAGUUAAUCUACACACCUGCAACACGCAUUGGAUCAGGUUAUAACAGAGAGAAACUAAUGUCUGUGUUAGUUAAAGAGAGAAAUACUAUCUAAAAAUAACUAGAGCUUGUCUCGAUAACUAUUACGUCUCAGGCGAACGAUCUUUAUUCAUAAAAUUAUGAAAAAUACAUUUUAGGGUAUUGAAACAACGUGGAUGACCACAUCCACUUCAGGUGUACAAACAUUAAUAUUCUAAAUAAUAAAAUGUAAGUACUUCUAAUUUAAAUGAUAAAAAACGGGUUUAAUAGUGAAAAAUACACGGUAGUGUUUAAAAACUAGGGUCGCU